AUGUCCUUCACCUCCGUCUUCCACGUCAAGGAGCACAUCCUCGACGGCUCCCACAUCCGCGAGUUCCCCCGCGCCCUCUCGCGCUCACAGGACGACGUCCUGAAGCUAGCUGUCAAGGAAUACAUCCCCAAGGACAACCCGAACCCCAAGCCCGGCGAUGUCACCAUCAUCGGCGCCCACGCCAACGGCUUUCCCAAGUGGUCCUCCAACGCAAAAGGCACCAUCGAGUCCUCCCCAGCCGCCGCCUCCGCCCGUCGCCGCGACCUCUGGCCCUCUCGCGCCGCCGCCCGCGCCGCUUUUCUCAAGAGCCCUUUCUACCGUGCCUGGGACCCUCGCGUCUUCGACGCCUGGCUCCACCACGGCCUGCGCGACCUGCCCACCCAGCUGUACCCGACCGCCAGCCCCGAAGCCGACGCCGCCGCCGCCGCCGCCGCCACGUCGGAAAAGGACCGUGCCGUGACGCUGGCCACCACCAAGCAUCAGGAGGUCUUCACCUACUUCCGCCCCAGCUGGGACGCCUACGACGCUGCCGGCCGCGAGCUCGUGCGCCCGGACCUCGUCCCGGACAUCGACCCUGGCCUCAACGAGGGCUACUUCACCUUCCCCGUGUACCGCUCCGAGGGCGCCAGCACCCUCGCCCGCCUGCCCCAGCUGCGCCCGCGCGUGCUCUACGUCUUCGGCGGCGACAGCGACCUCUCCACCCCGGAUCUGCGGGAGGAGAAGAUGCGACUGACGGGCACUGGCGUCGGCGGCAGCGGCGGCGCCGCCCGGGGUAGGGUGAGGGAGGUCACGCUGCCCGGCGCCGGCCACCUCUUCCCCAUGGAGGUGCCGGGCACGAGCGCCGAGUUGAGCGCCGGGUGGAUCGAGGAGGCGCUGGCCGACUGGCGCGCCGAGCAGGCCGACUACGAGCGCUGGACGAGACUGAGCGUGGCCGAGAAGACGACGCUGACGGACGAGUGGAUCAAGAGGCUCGGCGGCUCGGCGAGGCCGCCCAAGGCCAAGGCCAAGAUAUAA